AUGUCAACACCCACGUCAGACCACAACAUCCCACAUCAACACCCACGUCAGACCACAACACCCAUGUCAGAUCACACCACCCAUGUCAACACCCACGUCAGACCACAACACCGACAUCAACACCGUCAGCCACAACACCCACGUCAGACCACAACACCCACGUCGCUACAACACCCAAGUGAGACCACAACACGCAUGUCAACACCCACGUCAGACCACAACAUCCCACACCACACCCACAUCAGACCACAACACCCAUGCCACAACACCUACGUCAGGCCCACAACACCUACGUCCAGGCCACAACACCUACGUCAAGCCUACAACACCUACGUCAAGCCACAACACCUACGUCAGGCCACCCAGCACCUGCGUCAAACACAACACCUACGUCAGGCCACAACACCACGUCAAGCCACAACACCUACGUCAGGCCACAACACCUACGUCAAGCCACAACACCUACGUCAAGGCCACAACACCUACGUCAAGCCACAACACCCAUGUCAAGCCACAACACCCACGUCAGACCAACACGUACGUCAGGCACCCUACGUCAAGCAACAACACCCAUGUCAAACCACAACACCUACCGUCAAGCCACAACACCCACGUGCCACAACACCCGUCAGGCCACAACACCCUUUGUAA